ACUGACAUGUGUGUAUAUCUGACAAAAAUGGUGUCCGUUUACCAGCUGGCAUUUAUUCUUUAGCUGAAAAAUACAGUUUUAGUGUGUUUUAUUUUAUUAUGGCGACUGUUCUUGAUUUAGUGAAACACUAUCAACAUGCAAUUGAAAAAUAUCCCAACGAUGAACAAAAAAUAUUAAAGAGCAUAGACAAGCUAUUCAAUCUAGAUGUGACUGUGCAACAUCUACAAGACACAGGAGUUGGGAGAACUGUGAAUGCACUGCGCAAAGAGCCAGGGAAUGUCGGCCAAGCGGCUCGUGCACUAGUAUGCAAAUGGAAACUUAUGGUUGCAGCUGAGGAGAGCGACCAAGAUGGAGAUCAAAACCCUGACACUAAAAAAUACAAUGGCUAUGAUAAUGAAAGACAUUCUGAUGACAAUGUGAAAAGAAAUUCACGAAACCAGCAAGACCAUGAAGAGAAGUCUAUCUCCAGAACUGAGUAUAAGAAUGGUAAUCACAGUGGAAGUAAAAGGAAAUAUCACAGUAGUGAGGAAGAAGAACCAGAUCCAAAGAAAAGUAAAAGUUCUAACAGCAGCUACAGAAAUGAUCAAAAAACUAACAUUAAAAUAAAAAAAGAGUCUUCUGAAUCUGGAACUGAUGAUUCUGAUCAGUCAUGCAGUGAUUCUGAUGUAUCAGAAUAUUCUGAAGAAGAACAGGAAACAAAGCUUAAACAUAAAAUUAAACAAGAAACAUCAGAACACCACAAAUCUAAACACUCUUCAAAUAAGAAUCAUAGUGACCACAAAAAAGAAUCUUCUAGUUCAAAAAAACCACACAAUUCUGAUAAACAUGACAAAAACAGACACCAUGAUGAAAAAACAUCUUCAGAGAAAUCAACAACAAAAGAUAAAUCUCAAACUUCACAUAAACAUAAAAGUUCAAAGGAUAAAGAUGUUAGUACUGAAAAGCAUUCUAAAUCAGAACACAAUUCAUCUGAAAAAGAGAAGCACAAAGAAGAGACAAGCUCAUCCAAACACAGAAGCAGUUCUGAUAAACAUAAAUCUUCCAAGUUGGAUAUUAGUAAUGAAAAACACAACAGUGAUAAGCAUUCUGACAAAACUGAAAAGAGUAGAAGUUCAAGUAACUCUCACAAAUCUGAUAAAGAUAAGAAUAAGAGCUCUUCUCGUAAGGAAACCUCUGUUGAGAAAGACAAAUCUAAAGAAAGUCAUAGUUCUAAGGAAAAACAUAGUUCCUCUAGUAAGGAAAGAUCAAAAGAUAGAAGUAGUUCCUCUAAGGAAAAGUCAGAGCAUAGUCAUAAAAGUGAAAAGAAACAUUCAACAAAUGAUAGUAAAGAUAGUAAAUCAAAGCAUAGUGAGAGCAAAGACAAGUCUGGCAGAAAAGAUGGGUGUAGUAGUGAAAGUAAAUCAAAGCAUAAGUCUAAUUCAUCAUCUCAUUCAAGUAAAUCUAGCAAAGAUAAAUUGAAAGAGGAUAUACCAAAGAAAAAGUCUGAUAGUAGUGCCGAUAGUGAUGAUGGCAUCAACUGUGAGUCAGGUGCUAGUUUUGCUGAAGCCUUAGGUAUGAUUAGUCCUGCAAAGCCGAAGAAGAAGGCUAAAAUUCAAUCUGUAGUCUCACCUAAUUUGUCAAAUAGUGCAGAUCUUAGUCCGGCAGUGCUUCUGGCUCCAAAUGCGAAAUUAACCCCGUUGCCUGCUCUAGAAAUAUCCGCGUUACCAGAGAUCUCACCCAAUUACAAGCCGCGUCCUCCACCCAAGUUUUUACCGCACUUCACAGACGAAGAAGCUAUGAGCGCUGUCAUAUCUUCUAAAAAUCAGAGAACUAAGGUAUAUUCUGGUAAUAAAGUUAUAGGAAAGAUCUCAACUCUAUAUGAAAUGUGUGUACAAGUACUCCAGGAGCACAUUGAUGCUCUCGAAUAUACGGGCGGCGUGCCAUAUGAUAUUCUUAAGCCCGUGGUGGAUAAAGCUACCCCCCAACAGCUGUUUAUGCUGGAACAUUACAAUCCAUAUCUGAUGGAUGAUACUGAUCAUUUAUGGCAAAACUUCUGCCAGAAACACUUCAGGAGCAAGCAAAGGCAAGAGAUGGAAACUUGGAGGGAAAUGUAUAUGAGAUGCCAAGAAGAACAAGAGCACAGGUUAAAGUCUUUGACUGCCAACAUAAAAAUAGCUCAAGAAAAGGCUAAAGCGCCCAUCAAACAAACAAAAAUGGCGUACGUUGAUACGGUUGUGAAACCACCAAGGAACAUUGCACGUAAACAGGUGAGAUAAGUAUUAAAUAUUAAUAUGCGUAACCGUAGAGAAAAGGUUAUACCUUUUCUCUUAUAUAUAUAUCUUCUUCCUUUCCUUUUCUAUUAUAUCGGAAG